UGUCCACCACCUGUCUACAUAUACCGUUGCGUGGCGUUGCGUCGUACGGGCGGGGGGCGUGCUCUGCAAGGCACCCGUUCAAAACUCCCUCCCCGCGGCGCGGCGGCGGGGCGAGGCGCUGGUGAAGGCAGGCACCCGCACGCGUCGCCAGGUCGCCGCCGGCGCUGGAGGAGAAGGGCUACUGAGCGGGCGACAUCACCAGGGGUGGACGCAUGUGGGCCGGCGACCAUGGCGCUGCUCUGCUUCCUGCUGGACCUGCGCAACAUCCCCCCUGCCCUGCUCCACCUCCUCAAGGAGUGCCUGCUCGACCUUGCCAACCUCUACGCCGCCACUACGUCACAGCCACACGCAGGGACGGCAUCCCCCGCCGCCGCCGGCGCGCUCCCCGACCGCCUGGCCCUCGGCUACGUCUACGCUCCUUCAUCCAAACCGUCCUCCUCGUGCUCCUCCUCUUGGGCUGAGCUAAAGAUUGGGUAUAGGCCUGGAGAAAAAUUCAGUCUACGAGGUUUCCACCAUGCAGUAAAUAACAUACCUCUGGAUGGCUUUCUUGCUGACCAACAUGGUGGAUCUUUGCCUACUGGAGAUGUGUCAUUAACAAACCUUUUUAGCAACAAAGCCAUCUAUUCUUGGGCUACUGAUGACAUCUCCAAGAAAGUGAUUGCUAUAUGUAUGUCUGCACAAAAUACAGAAGCUCUCCGAAAAUCUCUUAUGGAUGCAGCAGAACAGUGUGUUGCAGUGGAUUUUAUAAUGUUGGAAGCAGAAGCUGCAUUCAUGUAUGGUGGUGCUUCUGAAAAUGCCAAUUCUUUUGUAAACAGAAUUUGUGAUCUUGAAAACUGUGUGGUACGGAGAUACAAUCCUGAGACCCAAGUUCUGCAUGGGCUAGUAAAGAGGUGGUUAGAAGAGCUAAAGGAUGACAAGGAGGAUACACUGCAAGCUGUAUUUGUGUUCAGAGAUCCCAUUAUUGAUUCUGCUAAACACAUAUAUUGCAAUCUGUAUGCAUCAGCAAACCAGAUAACUGAUGGUUUUCCACCUUGCCAGGCAUGCAAGUGCCAUGGUCACCCUAUUGAUCUUAUCAUCCCAAAUAAGGCAAAACGGAUAUGUCCAACAACUAAUCGACAGCUUGCAGCUUCUGAUGUUAUUGAUACUGCUGUGAGGAUUGGAGAACAAACAUUAUUGUUUCUGCCUACUUUGGAAGGUAGUUCAAACUUGCAGCGAGUCUCUACUUCCAUUUCUUUUCAUGUAAUUGAGCGCACUGAAUUAGCCUCAAUGAAUGAAGGAGUCAUAAUGGGGAGGUCAUAUGUUGUGACCCCCAGUUCAAAUGAUGUUGAAGCUUCUCUAACUGACGAGAGUUCAGAUCAGAACAUCCAAAUUUUCUAUGGUCUAUGUGAAACUCUUUUCAAGCUUGACCAGGGACUUGUUUGCUCUUCAUCAUGUAAUAUUGAAACGAUGAAAAUUGGAACUCUUCAGUGUUACUAUCUUCUCCAACCAUCUGAGAAAGGACCAAUGCUUCUGAGGAGACUUGCUGGAUCUGAAGAGAUAUUGCCUCUCCCAGACAUGACUCGGGAUUGCAGCUCUAAGAUUACCAUGGAAAUCAAGAAUUCAAUCGAAACCUCUUUGUCUAAAAUUAUGCUGAAGGAUUACAACCCGCUACAUCAUGAAAGAGGCUUUCAUUCAGAACUGAAUCGUCUGGUAAAGGACAGCCUGCAAUUUGGAUCAAUUGCUCCAUCCUGUGCCCCGAAGGACCCUCACAACAUUGGUUCGUUCAGCGAACCUCAGGUACCAACAUGUCAGGACCUGGAAGAAAGCAUGUUCCUGGACCAACCUGAGGACGCAGCUGGAGAUCUCAACGACCAUCUGCACUCGUUCAGCGAGCCUCAGACAUCAACAUUCAUAACUCCAAGCAAGAACAAGCUAUCGAUCCAGUCCAAGAAGGGGAAGGUCUCUCCCAGCAUCAGUGAGGAGUGGGAGAAGCUCAUCAUCAUCGACGACCUCGACGAUGACUUUGUCAGCCCCGCCCAUCCCAGGUCUGCUGUUGACAAACCUCCCCGCCCCAAGGCACCGUCUCCUGCAGUGAAGCCACUGGAUGAGAAGACUUCAAGGAUUCUGGAGAGGCUGGAGCCCCCCAGGGCGAAGAAGCAGAGAGCGAACAUCAGCAAGGCCAGCACAGGCGCGGCACUGGCACCUGCCAGUAAACAGAUCAAGAAGCCGUUGCUGCCGCGUGAGCCGAUCGCAAGCCAGCCGCUGCGACCUUCCUUCAACAGGCUUAGGAGAAAGCUCCCUACCUGACCUGACCUUGGCGCAUGCUCUCCUGCGCUUAACUACACCUAAUUGUACAGAUCAAGAACACACUUUCGCACCUGGGAUUGUCAAUACGUAGAGAGAUGAUAAAUGCACGUGCAGCCCCUGAAUGUCGAUACUGGUAUAUUUUUGCUGUCGAAUGUAAAUAUGAUAGAAACCAAACUGCUAGUUGUGUAGAUAGGAAGUACUACAUACUACUUGGUAUUACUCUGUCAAA